GCACACAUCAUCACGCUCUGAUUGGUCAAUCUGCCGUCACCUUUGACCCGUACGUCAGGGGAAGCAUGGCGGCCGCGGGGACGAAAAAAUUGGAUUGUAAAGAUUUGCACGGUUAUUUGAAGACUUUGGGGUCGUCUCUGUUAGAUGAAUUGUACGGGAGACCUGCAACAUGUCUGGCGGUCUUCAGGGAGCUGACGGACCUUGCGAAGCACUACGUGAUGCGGCUGCUGUUCCUGGAGCAGGCAGUCCCACAGGCCGUGGUGGGGUCAUGGGUCACCAGCGGAAACCACAGUGAGCACCUGAGAGCUGUGUCCCAGCUAUCAGAGCUGCGAGUGUGGCAUGAACACCAGAUCUCUGGCGGCUUGGCGGGUUGGAUCCUCAGUCCCACCUUCAGGGCAAACCUCAGGACUGCACUGCUGGGAGGAGGCAAGCCCUGGUUCAGUGUCGUGCAGCUGCCUCCUGACAAACAUGCCAAAGAUGUGGCUGCACUGGAUACAUACUCACUGGAGAGAUGGGAGGUCCUGCUGAAUUUCAUCGUGGGGUCAGGAGAGGCUCAAGUCAGUAAAGACAUCAUGGAGAUCCUCAUCAAGUCUGGGCUCAUGAAGAGUGAGGAGGGCAGUCUCCACCCCACCAUCACCCCUGCAGGGUUCCAGUUCCUCCUGAUGGACACGCCCUCACAGGUGUGGUACAUCAUCCUGCAGUACCUGGACACCAUGCAGAGUCGAGGACUGAACCUGGUAGAGGCCUUACAGUUUCUUUUUCAAAUAAGCUUUUCCACGCUCGGUAAGGACUACCCGACAGAGGGUAUGAGUGACUCCAUGCAGCAGUUCCUUCAGCACCUGCGUGAGUUGGGGCUAGUGAACCAGCGCAAACGGAAGUCUGGAAGGUUCUACCCAACAAGACUCGCCAUCCACCUUGCCUCAGGUAUUUCAGAUGUGGAGAAAGACUUCCACAAAGAGGGGUACCUUGUUGUUGAGAGUAACUACAGAAUAUAUGCAUACACAGACUCAGAGCUGCAGGUGGCCCUGAUUGGGCUUUUCAGUGAAAUUUUGUACAGAUUUCCCAACAUGGUAGUUGCUAACCUGACCAGAGACAGUGUACAGGAAGCAGUGGUGAGGGGCAUCACGGCUGAUCAGAUUCUCCACUUUCUGCGAGUGAAUGCACAUCCAAAGGCUCUCCACAGAGUUCCCAUAGUUCCUCCCACGAUCAGUGAUCAGAUCAGGCUAUGGGAGAUGGAACGGGACAGGCUCACUUUCACUGAAGGUGUUUUAUACAACCAGUUCCUGUCACAACCUGACUUUGAGAUGCUCAGGAAUUAUGCAAAGGACUUAGGAGUCUUACUAUGGGAGAACAACCCCAAGCGACUGAUGGUGGUCAGCAAAGCUGGACAUGACGAUGUCAAGAGAUACUGGAAAACCAUUCGGAAAGGGAACAGCUGACAUUGAUAUUGCAGAGUACA